AUGUCAUCUGAGCGGCAUGUGACAUGCGGUAUUCCGCAGGGAUCCAUCCUUGGUCCACUUCUCUUCCUCUUAUAUAUAAAUGAUCUUCCAGAAUGUCUUCCUGAAGCUGCCCCUCGGCUAUUUGCCGAUGACACCAAUCUUACGGUAGCUGGUGAGUCAAUAGAGGAAGUUGAGUUGGCCAUGAAUAAUGAUCUCCUUAGUGUACAUACCUGGCUUUUAGCCAAUAAACUGAGUCUCAAUGCUUCAAAAACCGAAUUUAUACUUAUUGGUUCAAAUCAUAGAUUAACGAACCUUACUAAUCAACCAAAUAUAAAAAUAGAUCAAGACAAAAUUAAGCAAGUUCAUCAUAGUAGACUACUUGGGGUUCAAAUUGAUGAAAAAUUGUCUUGGAACAAGCAUGUUGAAAGCGUGGCCAAGAAGGUUACUUCCAGUGUAGGAGCUUUAAGAAGAAUACGUGACUUUGUCGAUAGGGAAACCUUGAUCUCUAUCUACAAUGCUUUAGUUCGCCCUCAUUUCGAUUAUUGCAGUGAGGUAUGGGAUACCUUGGGCAUUGGCCUUUCAACUCGACUUCAAAAACUGCAGAAUAGAGCGGCGAGAAUAGUAAUGAGUACGACAAAUGAUACCCCGGCCCGGGAUUAGAAGCAAUUGCUGCCUUAGGGUGGGAAACUAUUGAGUCUCAACGAGCUAAGUCUAAAGCAGUACAAAUGUACAAAGUUUUAAAUGAUUUGUCCCCAAAUGCACUUGUUAAUCUUUUUAUGCGUAAAAGUGAUGUCACAGAUUACGAGCUUAGGGGUUCCUCUACAUCACUGCAAAUCCCUUUUCCCAGGACUGAAAAUAUUAAGAAAAGCUUUUCUUACGAUGGGGCGAAAUUGUGGAAUUCCUUACCUGAAGAUUUGCGUGAUUCGGCUACCUUGCCAAUAUUUAAAAGUCGAAUUAAUGCUCACAAUUUCUCAUAAUAUAAUGUACGUAAAUAUAAUUAUUAUGGUAUAAUAUUAGGUUGACUAUUGUAAAUAUGUUCAUUUUUAAUGUUUGUUACUAUUUAUAAUGUAAUUGACACGCCCCUCGUGGAAAUCAGCGAAAGUUGACGAGGCUAGCGUGUGAUUUUUAAAUAAAGUUUAUCAUCAUCAUCAUCAGUUAGUGUUCGCGGCGGACGCCAGUAUUUAACAAUUAGUCUACGAACUCGAGUCGAAAAUGAGCUGAUAGCCGAUGAGGCGCGUAGCGCCGCAUCGGCUAUCGCUCAUAUUCGACGAGAGUGAGUUUAUUAUAUACACAAGGUCUGAAUUCACAGACUUUGCUUUUCGAAUAUUUUCAAUAUUUUUCUAUUUUGUUUUUGUUUUUACCUUCGCUCUUUCGGCCGAUUAGUUUUUAAAAAAUAUAUAUUUUUAAUAUUUUAAAUUUUAAAAAUUAAUUUGCUAACGUGUAAACAAUUUGUGGGAGUUUUUUCAUCGUGUUUUUAAUCCUGUAAAAGCUAUAAAAAGCGAACAACUUGCCGUUUUUUCGUUUGCAAAACAUCGGAAAUUCAGUUUGAGCCGCCAUUUUGUUUUCUCUAGCUACUAGCAGGAUAUGAGCUGAUAUCCUGCUAGUAGAGAACCAAUCAGAUUGCAGAAUACCUCAUAUCCAGACCUUGUGUAUAUAAUAAUUUUAGUUAUACCUACGAUUUGGCAUAUGUGCAGCUGCAAGGCUAAAAGGCACGCUUAUUGUUCCAAUAUCCCAAUUAAUUUAUUAACAAUAAUCAAGUUUUCAUUUAUUUGUUCCGAGGUUUGCCCAGGAGUUAUAUAAGCUUGAAUUGAAUGACAUUAUAUUUGGAACUCUACAGUUAGGGAUCGAUGUGUGAUCUUAUAUUCACCGUCCUGUUUUAUGCAGGUGGGUUUUUCACCUCAAGUUCAUAUAGAGUAAAUUUCAUUCAGCAGGAUGUAGUCAAUCCAUACCUAAUUUUAGUGUGCAGUGAUAACCAAUUUGUGCAGUGAUAAAAGUAAAAUGUGCAGUGAUAAAUUGUAAAAUGUGCAGUGAUAAAAUUUGCUUUGAUAAGUUGUUAAUUAACACAAGAAAAUGAGACAAUGUCAAUGAGCAGAAAAACUGAACUAGUCCGGCGAAACAUUUUGAAUGAGAAUGAUUUAAUUGAAAUUGAAAUGAUGACUGUCAAAUUAUCGAACGUCCGCACUAAUAACAUACUUAUGGUUCAUCAGAUGAACAAAGUCUCUCACCAAAGAUCUCUUUAUGGGUUUGGAAGAUGGAGUGAAUGAUACUUAAGAUUUUGUAAUUACUGUAUAAUUUUCAGAAUUCUGUAGAAUGUCCCCGCGCAUUGCAGGAGAUGCCCUUUUAUAGUGCUAGCUUACAAAAUUGUCUGUAGGUGCAUGUCCCUGGAACUCCUCUAGAGAUUUGUCAUGCCAAAGCCCGUAAGCCGCCUUUCAUUUGCCAAGAGGAAAAUAUUUAUUUUCUUCAGCCAUGUUAUUAUGAAACUAGGCUGUCAUAGAUAGUCGUAACUGCAGGUGCUGUCAAGGCCGCCCAGAGGGGUGCAAUUUGCCCUGGGACCCUAGUUAAAGGGGGCCUAAAUAAAGAAUUGCAGUGAAAUAUUCCGCAUAGAUAUAACUGUCAACUAGACUUUCAGAAUGCAGGAUUUGACCAUUUCUGGGACCUCUGAUUUCAAAAAUUUUCCGGGGGACCCCCUAAUCGUAGUGUUAGAACAUGGAAUUGCGAGAGCCCCGAAGUCAAAGUUUGUCCUGGGCCCCCAAAUUCCCCUGAUUGCUGUGCAGUGUAUGUUCGUUUUGUCAUUUUUGAAUAUGAAUUGUAGCUUGCUUUGUUGUUACACAUUAUUAUACAGGGUUCGUAGUCUCCAAGACCAAAAAAAUUCAAAGACUUUCGAAUAUUUUUUCUGCCUAUUUUCAAAGACUUUUCAAAGACCUUUGAGAGCAAUAAGCUGUCGAAAAAUUGCGAGUGUAAGCACCAUUUGUACCCAGUAAUUAUAGUCCCAUCAAAUCACAUCCUAAAAUGCGCAUUUUCGUCGAUAUUUGCGAAAAUCUUGAUUCAAUCAAUCAAUUUUAUUAGCUAGGAAAUCAUAUAAUCAAUUCCUCACUAAAGAAUUUAAAGACUUUCUUCGCUUUUUCACACAAUUUAAUGACUUUUCAAAGACCUCAAAGAUCUGCAUUCCAAUUUAAAGAUUUUCAAGGAUUUCAAAGACCGCUACGAACCCUGUUAUUAGGGGGUGUUCAGGAAUUUUCAGGGCGUGUUUCUGCUCGGCUAAACUUUGCAGUGAUAAAAAAUUGCAGUGUGCAGUGAUAAAAAAUUCUUAAAAUUAGGUAUGCUUUUGAUACUGCUUGACUUAAUAGACUCAGAAUUCGCCAAAAAGAAGGAAGAGGGAUAAUUGGAUAAGACCAUAGAUAAAAAGAAGGAAAGAAUUUGGGUGUUAUCAUCAUCUUGUAAAAGAGAGUCUCGUUGACAAAAGAGUGUCACAACAUUUCUGCUUUGUUGUGGACAAAAUACAAUUAUGUGGGAGAGUAUUGGCCCGAACGAAAAAAUGGCUGCAGUGACCUUACGAUAUUUAGCAACUGGUGAAACAUUUAAAUCUCUUGAGUACAGUUUUCGUAUUAGUCGCACAGCCUUGUCACGUAUUGUCAUCGAAACAAGUCAAUCCACUCAUAUCAAAUCAUUGGUGCAAACAAUUUGAAAAUUCCAUCUAGCACGAAUGACCUUGCAUGAGGAUUGAAUUUGAUGACCUUGCAUGGGUAUUGUUCCUCGAUCUGAUUGGUUGCUUCUUCAAUCUGUUUCUAUAAACGCCUGUUCGCAGGCUAGGUGUUUCAAAACAUUGCGAGACAGGUUUAACGAAUGUUGUUACACGGUGCAAUGCCAGCGAAAGGAGCCUGCAAUCGUUGCGAAAAGUUGAAUCUUUUCGCGAAACUUGUCUCGCAACGGAAACUGACACAGGUUCGGGACAUGGAAGGGUGUUACACGUUGCAAUGUGUCACGAACAUGUCUCGCAACGCCGUUGCGAGACAGGUUUCACAAAUCGUUGCAUCGUGUAACAGAAGCUUCAUUGUGCGAUGUUUUUGUCUGAGUUUAUGUUAAUUUGUGCACAGUCACGGUGAUUGAGCUCAUUGUGUCUUCGUAUAAUGAGUAAUCUUCUAAUAGGGAUAGCUGAGAUGAAAGUGCAACCACGAGGAAUAAUAUUAAUAUAAAUUAAAUGGCGAGGUACAGUUCAACAUCAAACAAAGGUCUUCUACAGGGUGUCCCAAAAAAACCAAACUAUUGAAAUAACGUAUUGUUAGAAAUUGAAUGCCUUAGCUAAGCUGAACGCAAAUAUGCGUAAAAUAUUGACAGCUGGGGUGCACAUUUUAUAAAUAUUGACUUAUUAACAAAUUAAAAUAUAUUUGUAAAGCGCACGAUUUUCAGCGCUCUUGGGAAUUUAAAGCAGCUUCUUAAACAGUUUCAUAAAAUUUACUUAUGCAAAGCUUUUAUGCACUUGUCAGCAGAGUGCUGAGGCAUUCAAAUUCUAAUAACACGUUAUUUCACUGAAUAGUUUGGUUUUUUUGGGACACCCUUCAUAUUGUGGCUUUGAAGUUUGCCGGGCUUCAUGCAGACCCAUUAUAUAUCUUGACAGACCAUUGUGAAACCUGUUACGCUUGAACGACAGUUUGAUCAAACAGUGUUUAUUCCAAGUCUGGCUGUUCGACGUAAAGUAAACGUAUUUAUCUUCGCAUGUAAUUGAUGAUGUUCAUUCGGUUUGCCAUCUGUGUUAUGUUCUUUCUCGUAUAUUUGGCGUUGAGUAAGUAUAAAAUAUAAAAUGGUUGUCAUAUUAAUAUCACACAGUGCAUGCAUGUAAACGUAUCACAAUGGUAUUUGCAUGAGUAUUCAAUAUAUAUUAUUUGUUGUAAAACUGGUUGAAUUCGAGCCAUAGAUAUCUUAUAUACACUAGAUAGCGCAUCUCUUUUAGUAAAAUUGAAGCCAAGAAUAUUCCAGCGGUUACCCCAUUUGAAUAGAUGGCGGCCAUGUUGGUAGUUCCCACUCGCUAAUAUAAACGCUUAAAAAACAACAAUAACUUUCACCAUUUCAAUAGUUUAAAAAUGUAUUUGGAAUAGGUUUAACUUAAUGUUUAAAUUCCCUGUUUAAGAAAUAGAAAACAAACGAAUCUUCUCAUGUCAUGGGAAUAUCCUGAGUCUGCAAUCACGGCUUCAAUUUUUGAAUUGCAGAAUAAUUAGAUGCCCUAUCUAGUGUAUAUAAGAUAUCUAUAUGAUUCGAGCACAGUAUAAAAUUCUUAACGGCCACACCGCACCCAACCUAAAAGAGUCUUUUCGACUAAGUAAUGAAACAGGUAACACAUACUACCUGAGAAAUACAGAAACUGAUUUAGCACUUCCUAAGCCGAAGAAAGAAUUUGGCAAAAGGUGCUGCGCCUAUACAAUGGUGCCGUACUUUGGAACAAUCUUCCUUAUGAGACCAUGCAGAACCACUGCAUCGGCAUAAGCUCCAAAGAAUUUUACCUGAAUAUAGGAAUUUAAAUGUGAAAAAGUUACCUUCAUGCAGUGUAUUCAUUAUAUUCAUGUGUUACUCGCAUAUUUUGGGUGUCUCGCAUGGCUUGCAGACAUAAAUAGAACACGAUAUACUAAUUUCUGUGAAGAAUUCCAAUACAGUGUAUGUACAGGGUGUCUCAAAAAACCCCAAAAUCAUUGAAAUUGACGUAUUGUUCGAUAUUCAAUGCCCUAGCACUAAGUUAAUCCCACGAGUGCAUAAAAGAUUGACAUAACUGCUAUAAUGAAUGGUAAUACUCAGCGUAAACUUGUUAUGUCAGGCAUAAAGUACUAAACCCACGAAUGCAUAUUACGCAUAUUACAAUUUACGAAGCAUUUUUAAAUUCCCAUGAGCAAACAAACGUUCACUUUACAAAGAUAUUUUAAUUUUUUAAAACAAAUUAAUCACCCUGUCAAAAUCCUUUGUGUUACGGCAUUGAAAUUCGAACAAUACGUUAUUUCAAUGAUUUUGGGUUUUUUUGAGACACCCUGUAUAAUUAACUAUAUUAUUGCAAGCUUGUGGGGGGAGUACAGUCUACAGACAUUCUGUCUGCACAAUUGAAAUUUUGUGCCGCCCUUUGUCUGGACAAAGAAAAUUAAAAACAAAUUAAAAUACUGUAUACUUCAGCCAUUUAUUAUAAAAUAGGAGCUAUGGGAAACUGUAGCUUGUACAUUGUCAAUUCUAAACUCUUCUCCCUAAUUAAAUUAAAGGUCCAGUAAGCGGGUGUGGGUAAAUUUGGAAAGUUGUUCUGAUUUAGAACGAGGCAGUUCAAUACGGCGUUGAUUGGUGGUCGUAUGCUUCAAUUGAUCGAUCUAACGGAAGCGCAUACACAAGCGUUUCUGUAGUACUGGGCAUAAUUCACGGAAGCACAGCAUAAAAGUCGGUUUUAUAUAUAAUACAUAAUACACUGCAUGGAAACGGUUUAUUUUCUAAUUUCCCAGAACGGAUAAUUUUGUUUAAAAACGAAGCACGAUUCCCAAUUUUGAUGUGCUUGGAAAUCAAAUGCAUGCAUUUCGAGCGUACAGUAUGUUAUAACUUCCGAAACUGUCAGUAUUUUAGGAAGAAUUUGCCUCUGAAGUUAACCAGAGUGCGUAUAUUAUACAUUUUCCAAACUACUGUCUUUUGCUGUAUUUCGCUAAUAAAUCAUUAUCGACAAUCGAGCGGCUUGUAUAGUUCUCAGACUGAUUCUUUUUGAAUAUUUAAUUUACCUAUAAAGGCGCACGACUUGUGUUGUGUGACACACUACCUGACAUACAAAGUGACUCUACCUCGUCCUUGCUGUCCAUAUUGAAGAAAUUUAAAGGAGCACGCAAUCACGAGAGCAGGCCUGAAGGGAAACAAGAAGCACGUGACUACAUUAUAGAAACAUUCAAGAAAUAUGGCUUACAUGUCUGGACGGAGCGGGCAAAGAUUGGAGGCGUAAGUUUGGCUGUUUGUUAGUUAGUCUUUCUGUGUAUGAACGAAUGGAUCCGGACAAACUUGGGAACGUAAGAUAAAAUAUUUAUAUUUAUUUUCACUAUAGAAUUUAUUUGCUGAGAAUAUAGUGGGUAUGAUAUCCUCAAACAGAACAGGAACGGCUGAUGAUCAGAUAGUGAUAGUGGGCGCACAUUAUGAUACCACCAAUAGUACUACUGGAAUUGAUGAUAAUGGUUCUGGUGUCACUGCAUUACUUCAAGUUGCGAAAAAUAUUGGUGAGCAAUAA